UUGGCGGGCAGUAGCGUUGACUGUCAAUUUGCCGGAAAGGCGGAAACUUUUUGCUCGCCAUCUCCACUGAAAGCCGCGUUUGCCGCGAGAACCGUUUACUUUUUUUUGCAAAAAUCAGUGAUCUUUUGCGUAACUACUAAUAUCACAAUGGCACCACGGUCGGCGAAAGCAAAGAAGGCAGCAGAUGUCAAAACAGCUGAAAAUGAUGCACCUAAAAAGGGCAGAGGAAAGGCCAAGAAUAUUGAAGAAGUAGAUCAAGAUUUACCAGAUGUAGACAUUGAAGAAAAGGCUACUGUUGUCACAGAAAAGAAGCCUAAGAGAGGUAAAAAGGCACAAGACACAAAUGGUGAUGCACAAACAAAUGGUGCUGCAGAAGAAUCAGCACCACCAACCAAAAGGGGCAGAAAGAAGAAUGAACCGGCUGAAGAAAAGUUAACCAAUGGUGACAACUCAGCUGAGGAAGAGCCCGCAUCUCCAGAAGAAGAACAGAAUGGAGACCAUGCAGAGAGCAAUGGCAACACAGAAGAAUCAGAACCUUCCACAACUGGUAAAGGCCGCAAGAAACAAACUAAGAAAGAAGAGAAACCAAAAGAGACUGGGAGAGGCAGGAAGGCGAAACAAGCUAGUCCAGAUGAUGAGGAGAAAGAAGUAGCUGAGAAACCAAAAGGCAAGGGGAGAGGACGUAAAGCUCAGCCUAAAGCUGAUGCUGAUACAGAAGAGGAUAAGACUGAACCAGCUGAGGAAGCCAAGGCUGAACCAGCACCUAAAGGAAGAAAGAAGGCUCCAGCAAAGACUGUCAAAGAAAAGACACCAGAGAGUGAGAAGGAAGAGUCUGAGGAGUUGGAGAAAGAAUCUGUAGAGGAUAAGACUGAAGAAGUUAAGAAGGAGACAAAGGGACGCAAGGGGAAGAAAGUACAAGCCAAAGAAGAUGGAGAAGAAUCAGAGGCAAAAGAAGAACCUGCUUCCAAGAAACGAAAAGUAACAAAGAAAGAAGAAAAAGGAAAAGGUGAUUCCAAAGACGAGGAUGCUGAAGAAGAAGAUGGGGAAGUACAGGAAGCCAAACCGGCUGAAUCUAAGCCUUCUAAAGGCAAGCGAGGACAGAAAAAGGCUGAGCCCUCUGUCGAGCCUGAGGAGGAGAAUCAGGACUCCGAGGCCACCACCAAACGCCGGCGCAAACCCGCAGAAGAAAAGGCUCCAGCUGAUGACAGCAAAAAGAAAGCUCCUGCUAAAAACAAAGCCACAACUAACUACGAAGAGAUAGAUUUUUCUAAUUCAUCUAAAUCCCCACAAGGGAAAGAGUGGAAUUUCAAAAUUGCUAGCUGGAAUGUUGACGGCAUACGCGCGUGGAUGAGUAAAGGCGGACUCGACUACAUAAAGUACGAGAAGCCUGAUAUAUUGUGCCUUCAGGAGGUCAAAUGUUCUAAGGAGAAACUUCCUGACGAAUUGGCAAACUUGCCAGGUUAUCACGCGUAUUGGUUGGGUGGUGAUAAAGAUGGGUACGCAGGGGUCGCCAUUUACACCACGCAACUUGCCAUGAACGUGCAGUAUGGGUUACAGAAUGAAGAAUUGGACGAUGAAGGUCGCAUUAUAACGGCAGAGUACGAGCACUUCUACCUGAUCUGUACGUAUGUACCAAACGCCGGCAGAAAGCUGGUCACUCUUCCGAAGAGACUGCAGUGGAACCAGGAAUUCCGCAAGCACGUCCAGGAGUUGGAUAAGAAAAAGCCUGUGAUAAUAUGCGGAGAUAUGAACGUUGCUCACAAUGAAAUAGACCUGACAAACCCGAAGACUAACAAGAAGAACGCUGGCUUCACGGAGGAGGAGCGAGCAGGCAUGACAGAGCUACUUGGAGACGGGUUCAUUGACACAUACCGCCACUUCUACCCGGACAAGACUGGGGCCUACACUUUCUGGACGUACAUGAUGGGUGCGCGUGCCAAGAACGUAGGCUGGCGUCUGGACUACUUCAUCGUGUCCGAGAGACUGCUACCGUCGGUGUGCGACAACGUGAUCAGAGAGCAGGUCUAUGGAAGCGACCACUGUCCUAUCUCCUUAUUCCUACAUCUCACUACCGCCGAUAAGCCUAAGGAAUAACUGACGUAUCUACCUUUUGCGUUAUAGCAUGGUGCGUAGUAUUGAAACAAUUCCUCUAAAAAGCAAUUUUGCUAUUUGACAUUGCGUACUUUUAUAUGCGCAAAUGUCAAAUAGCAAUAUUGCUUUCCUAGAUGAAUCGCUUCAAUGUGGUCUUUUUAACCACCCAGCUAGAAUGUACUAUUCUACAUUCUGUCAAAAAGAAAAAAUGAAUUGUUGUUGAAAUUGUUUGUAUCCGUAUACCCUAUUUAGCAUGCAUGAAUAGAGUGGCCUAUCUCUCGUCUCUUUCGUAAUAAGCUGUAUACUUUUAGUGCGAAGGAGACGUAUAUCUUGUUUCUGUCGCGCUAAGCGAUGUACUACACAUGUCCUGCUGUUAUUCUAAUCAUGCUGUGUUAUAUAGGUAUAGUUAGUGCUAUAUAAACAAAAUCCUUUUAGUAUAUUCCGUCUAGCAUUGACACGCACGAUGCUAAAUCACAAAUAAAUUCAUCACAAUUUCCUUGUACAAUAUAGGCAAUCCACUGGGUGUUUGCGUAAAAACGCUGAGUAACAGCUGGCGAGGAAUGAGUGUACUGUAAAUUGUAAUAUUGGUCCCGAUUCCUGCAGACACCUAAUUUUAUUUUCUUAUUCACCGAAAGGAAAGGGACGGAUGAUUGACAAUUGUUAUCAUUUUAAAAUGUAAGUAUAACCCGGGUAAAUAAAAUAGGCAUCUCGCUUAUAUGCAAUCCGUUUGACAUGUGCUGUCAACUUAAUUCUGUCGGGUUAUCGGCAAAUAUAAAAUUUUGGAAGGGUUUUUUUAAUUUCUGCCUAAAACUGACGUGUGUUCCGUAAAUUUUAUGCCUGUCAAUUACCCGUCCCUUUCCUUUUCGGCGGAUAAGAAAAUGACAGAUAUAACUUAAAAUAAAUUUAAAUGGUGUGUACCGGAAUCAACACCACUACACCCCUUCGGGUAUACAGGCUCGAUGCUAUGUUGCCGAAAAACCACCCACCCAGUGGGUGGGUUCUUGGGUUAAUUUCAAAGCACUGGAAGAACAGGGUGUUAAUAACAUCGUAAUGAAAACAGUGAGGGAUGAUUCUGGGUUGAUAUUAAGUGGAAUUUUCCGUCGCAAAAGUAUGAAACUGAAAUUAUAUUAAAAGAAACACUAAAAUUUUCAUUAACUUUCCGACAGGAAAUUCCACUUGAUAUUAACUUAGAAUCAUGGUCUGAAUCAUCCUCUUCAGUAUUCGUUACGAUUUCACUUGACUUUCAGUACUUUGAAAUUCGCUCUAUCACGGGACUUUACGCAAGUACUGGAUUUAUUUACGCACACGUAGAGCGUCUGUCUUAUAACCUAUGAUUUUCAUUUGUAUUUGUAGAUCACUGUAGUUUAUGCACUAAGUAUAUAGUGUAAGCAGACUGACACCGUAAUUUUGAGACUUAAUUUCAUUUUUUGUUGAAUAUGUUAUGAUAAAAACAAUCACAAGGAGAUGCAGCCUUUGCUUAUAUUUUAAAGCUAGGUAUUGUCAUAAUUUAACAUAUUCACUGUGCAACUGAUAAAUAGAUAUCAACCUCUCACGUGCAAUGUUAUUUUUCGAUAAACACAUUGGAAUUUAUGUACAUAGACACACUAUGGCAAGAAAAAAAUUUAAAGCCUCCCGUCGGAUUUUCCCAUUUUUUCCUCGUGGCCCACAUAUGGGCCAUGCACAUAUGAGUUUCCAAUUUGUUGCCUCAUCGAUGGUUCAUACACAGUGAACGUGUUAAACUAUAAAUUGCCUCUGUAUCGAACUUGGUAUAAUUUAAUGUAAUUUGUAAAGAAUAUCUGUUUGUCAUAUGUUCAGUAUCAGCGCCGCUAUUAGGGACUGCUGUUUUUUGUUUGAUAGUAAUAUUUGGAAAUUAAUUUUAUACUUUUCCAACUAACCCAUUUAUUAAACGAUUGUGCUCAUUUGUGGUGGAAGCCCCGUUCCUGCCAAAUAGUUAAUGCUAUUUGCGGUAAAUCUACAAAUAAGUCACGUCAAAAAAAGAAAGGUGGAGGCCCUUAGCUUAUAGCCAAUGCGGCGCUGUUCCAUACUUAAAAAAUGUAAUUGAAUGUACAAUGUUCGUUAAUUAAAAAAUGUAAGGAAUAAAAUACAAUAUUUUGAUAAA